CCAUCAGUUAAGUUGGACUGUCUGAUGACGUCCGGAAAAUAUUUUGAAAUAUAAUGGAUACAUUUUUACCAUAUUUUGAUAUAGCGCCGUGCGAAAUUGUAUCCUGGUCGAACAAAUCUGAUGAGUGCUGCAAAGAUAUACGCGAUAGUCAUUAGAGCAGAACGAUUUUCAAUAUUACAGUGCAACCAGUGGAAACUGUUGACUAUUGUAAAUUAUUGUGAAUUUCUUCUACACAAAGUGUGAGCUAAACUUUAUUUUAAAAUAAAGAUGAAGAAGAUUUUGUUGUUUUGUGAUCAAAUAGUAAGAUAAUAAAAUGGCAACAAUUAAAAAGCUUCUUAACAACGUACUAUUGUUUUGGAUUCUAUCAAUUCGACUAUCUGGAAGCCAAAUGCAAGAUGCAACCAUCGUACUAAGCCAAGGAACUCUUAUUGGGCUCAAAGUCUUUCCCGAGACAUCACGCAUACCCAUAUAUGCGUACCUUGGGAUUCCAUAUGCAAAGCCUCCCGUCAAUGAGCUACGAUUUGCUCCCCCCGUACCGAGUCCAGGAUGGAAUAGAACUUUGUAUGCUCGUGACUUUAAACCGAUUUGUCCACAAAUCGAAAACAGCAGCUACGAAGAUUUGGGAAUUGAAAAUCAGUUUCGAUCACGUGAAACUAACGAAGAUUGUCUGUACUUGAACAUAUGGAUUCCCGAAACAUCAAUACGUUACGGAGGCUUCCCGGUGUUGGUAAUGAUAACAGGCGAGGAAAUGGCAUUCGACUGGAACACUAAUCGGGCAAGCGGUCUCGAUCUUGCGGCAGAUGGUAUUAUCGUAGUAACUGUACAGUACCGAAGCAAUGUGUUUGGGUGGUUAUCGCUCGGUCAAAAAUAUGCUCCAGGAAACCUUGGUCUACUGGAUCAACAAUUGGCACUUGUCUGGAUAAAGGAUAAUAUACAAAAAUUUGGUGGUGAUACGAAUCGAUUAACACUACUUGGACAUGGUACCACCGGUGGACCAAAUGUAAUGAUCCACAUGGUUAGCCCGCAAGCAAGAGGCCUAUUUGCGCGGGCUAUCAUAAUGUCUGGCACAAUCUAUUCUCCGUAUUCGGCGGUGAACGCCGACACCAAACUUUCUCAAGAAAUCAUUAAAAUACUGGCCUGCAACUAUGACGUUGGAAAAAAUGUAUUGAAAUGCCUACAGCAGAAGAGCAUUCACGAUCUUCUACGUGCUUAUGAGUACAUCUAUCGUAACGGAAACUACACUAUCAAUCUCGGACCAAUUAUAGACCACUACCUACCUUUCGAAAAACGGUAUAUUGUUGAUGAUCCUCAAAAAUUGUUCACAGCGAAGGCUCUCAUCAGAGAAGACAUGCCCAUUCUUUUUGGUAUAACUAGCAACGAAGGCGGAUUUUUGUACAGCAAAUGGAUUGAGUUAGCACGUCAAAGUAUUGAUUCGCUAAAGAAGUAUAUUAAUGAAACGCUUCUACCUAAUAUCAUCGAACGGUACAAGUUUCAAGGAGCGGGCCAAGAUCAAAUACGUGAAACCAUACAUUGGCGUUACUUUGAACAAAUACCCCAGACAACAGCGCAUCAUAUACACGCUAUUAUUAAAAUUAUUUCGGAAACACGACACGAAAUACCUUUCUAUAAAACUCUCAAAGCCCUCGGAACCAAAAAACAAUCUAAUAGACAACUGUCCGUCGGAACGAUAGAGGACGAUAUAGCAAAUAUACAGGGCGAGAGCAAAGCUGCAAUGCAACAUAACGCCAGUUACGUUUAUGCAUAUCUUUUCCAUCACCCCAAUUCGAUGGACAUGAGGGGUAGAAUUAACUUUUUCGGAGGAGCAUCUCAUUCAUCGGAUUUACCUUUCCUCAUGGGACCAAGCCUUUACAGAGAAAUUGGGCGCAGGCGCUUAUCGCUGGUUGAAGACAAAUUGUGCAAGAAAAUGCGAUCUUUAUUUACGGAAUUCAUUAAAGACGGCAAUCCAACACCUGGUCGGCAAUUUGAUUCCUGGACACCAUAUAGCGUUGAACUCAAAUACAUCAAGUUGAUCUCCGCAAAACCGGAGUCUUUUCAUCGAAAUGAUCACUCAUCAUUAGAAAAUACAUUUGAAGAUAAUUUACAAGAAAUUGAAGAAAACGUUAUUGGUAUAACAGGAUUGGAAGAACAAUCUUCCAGCAUAAAUAACUCCAAAAACCCUUACAAUCUUAAUCCUAACAUUCAGGCAGACCAAGAAAACGCGAGAACGUCUAAAAAUGCUAUUUAUCUAGCUGGCGCAAGAGAUUCUGAGUAUUUUUACUAUCUGCAGAGAAUGGACAGUUUCUGGGACCAAUUUCUUCCAAAGCUCAGCCAAAUUAUGAAUGAAACAAACCAAGAGAAACUUCGUAAUCGCCGAAUUGAUUUAACACUUGAGGAAGAGCAAGAUAUAUUCCGAGAAACAGCAGCUGCUUCCAAAUAUAAGCAUGCCUUUUUUUCUAUGCUUACAUUAGUAUGUAUGCUGUUGGGAGUUCUUUGUAUUUGCGUCUACAUUUUAAAGAAAAACACGAACACCAGUUUGUCGAGCAUAUUAUGACACCAACUUUUCUUCCGAACAAAUCUAUUUGAUCGGAAGAAUCGACGUAAAAAACCUGACGUAAGCAGCAUGGGUGAUGAGGAAGAAAUUAACGUAACAGCUAUCA